AUUUCAGCCCAAACAUCAAUGUCUCGAGACCUCCCGGCUGAUCUCCCUGGGGCCCCAGCAGAUGACGGGUCUGUUCCUACGAUCUAGGGGCCUGUCUGUAUCAGACUCACGGAGCUCAUGAAAGCGAGUAACCGGAUUAGACGGAUGCGGGUUAGGGUAGCGAAGAGGUCGCGCAAACAGUCCCUCCAAGAAGUCGAAGGGGUUCCCAAGUUCUCCAACCCAGAGCAAACUUCGAGGAGCGACACCAGCGCGCAGAGCGGCCAGUGUCGGGGCGGAAGUGAAUCUCCGGAGCCGUUCUAGGAAGGCCGGAGGACCCAGCUCGUCAGUGAUCCGGGGCGCUGAAGCGGGCGUCGCUUGUCCCACACCGCCAUCCCCGAGCCGCCAGGGCAGGCAGCGGCGAGGCAGGGCUUGGAUUAGGGUGAGAGCAGGGCGAAAGCAAAGCAGGAAAGGGCGAGGCGACGCGGGCGCGAGGACCACCUGUUUCUCUGGCGGAGUGCGGCGCGCGCUGAUUGGCUGGAGUGCCGCCCGGGUACCGGAAGUGGCCAAUGCCUGUCGCCCGUGACACCGAGACAACAGCUGCGAACCGCGGAGCAGCGCCGGAGCCGGAGCGGUGUGAGCGUGGGGCGGUGGCGGCCUGCGAUUUUGAGAUGGGGACUGAGAACAAGGAGGUAAUUCCCAAAGAAGAAAUUUCUGAAGAAUCUCAGCCACUUGGGUCAAUAUUUGAAAAGCUUCCAAAAGUGGUUUACCAGGGUCAUGAGUUCAGAGCAGCAUGUGAAGAGGACUUACUGGAAGGACAUUCGAGAGAAUCCACAGAAGAUACUAUAGAGCAGAUGUCUCCUCAGGAGAGAGACUUUACAUCAGGGGUGAUUAUCUUUAAGAAAUCACCCUCUAGUGAGAAAGACCAGGAGAAUAAUGAUAGUGAGAGAUCCUAUAGUCCUAGCCCCAAAUUGGUUAUACAGCAGGGAGAUACUACAGCACAGGGAAAUAGUAUGUUCUCUACCUCUGGCCACAACUUCAUAGGGAAUUUAGAACCUAACAAAACACAGAGAAGUUCUUUGGGAGAGAAGCCUCACACAUGUAAAGAAUGUGGGAAAGCCUUUAAUCAGAAUUCGCAUCUCAUCCAGCACAUGAGAGUUCAUAGUGGAGAAAAACCCUUUGGGUGCGAAGAAUGCGGGAAGACAUUUGGAACUAAUUCAAGCCUUCGAAGGCACCUGAGAAUUCAUGCUGGAGAGAAACCGUUUGCUUGUAAUGAAUGUGGAAAGGCCUUCAUUCAGAGUUCACAUCUUAUCCACCACCAUAGAAUUCAUACUGGAGAGAGACCCUAUAAAUGUGAAGAAUGUGGUAAAGCCUUCAGUCAGAAUUCAGCCCUUAUUCUACACCAGAGAAUCCACACUGGAGAGAAACCUUAUGAAUGUAAUGAAUGUGGGAAGACCUUCAGGGUUAGCUCCCAGCUUAUUCAGCACCAGAGAAUUCAUACUGAAGAAAGAUACCAUGAAUGCAAUGAGUGUGGCAAAGCCUUCAAGCAUAGCUCAGGCCUUAUUAGACACCAGAAAAUUCACACGGGAGAAAAGCCUUAUCUGUGUAAUGAAUGUGGGAAAGGCUUUGGUCAGAGUUCUGAGCUUAUCCGACAUCAAAGAAUUCAUACAGGGGACAAACCCUAUGAAUGUAAUGAAUGUGGGAAAACUUUUGGCCAGAACUCAGAGAUCAUUAGACAUAUUAGAAUUCAUACUGGUGAGAAGCCCUAUGUAUGUAAGGAAUGCGGGAAGGCCUUCCGGGGGAACUCAGAACUUCUUAGGCAUGAGCGAAUUCACACUGGAGAGAAACCCUAUGAAUGUUUUGAGUGUGGAAAGGCUUUUAGGCGGACCUCUCAUCUUAUUGUCCACCAGCGAAUUCAUACUGGAGAGAAACCUCAUCAGUGUAAUGAGUGUGCAAGAACCUUUUGGGAUAAUUCUGAGUUGCUUCUCCACCAGAAAAUUCAUAUUGGAGAGAAACCUUAUGAGUGUAAUGAGUGUGAGAAAACAUUCAGCCAGCAUUCCCAGCUUAUCAUCCAUCAGAGAAUUCACACUGGGGAGAAACCCUAUGAGUGCCAGGAAUGUCAGAAGACCUUUAGUCGGAGUUCUCACCUCCUCCGACACCAGAGUGUUCACUGUAUGGAAUGAUCUGCAAGAUGGGAAAACUUUUUGUGGGAAAGCUGAAAUCACACAUCCAUUUGUUUAUAAUCUACAAGUUCUCUGAUCCAGUGAAUGGACACUGUCCUUCCACUGAUGUUUAAGCAGUUGGUCAAGAAAGAUGAGGCACCUUGAAAAAUUAUUGAGAAGUUUCAAUGUAUGUAGUUAAAUCACAAAAGCUGUUUUGGGCCUUAAUUUUUCUCUCUCCUCUUUUCCUUCCCUUCCUUCCACCUCCCUUAGUGGAUCACAUAUUGGAGGUCUGUGCCAAAGCUAAUCUAAAUUAUUUCUCUUUGAGAAAAGUGAAGAAAUAGGAUUCUACCGCCUAUUAAGAACGACAGAAAUGAUUCAUUGUAUGUUAUCCCCUGAAAUGUUACAAAGUCAUGACCUAAAAUACCCAUCUCAUUCUCUUAUCCACUGUUUAGCAUUGAAAUAAUUUAGUAAGCUUUUAUUAGCCUCAAAAUCUUCCAGCCAUGUGAUUCACUUCCCUUAGAAGAUGGCAGCAUUAAUGAAGAAACAGAAUCUUGGGCCAUUUCAUAUCCAGUAGGCCUCAUUCAUUUUUAGGGAGUGCCAUGAUGGAGGAAACCAACAGGCAAUUUGCAAGAUUGUAAGUGAAGACCUUAGAAUCCAGCUGUGCUGAUUAGGCAAGACCAGGGGGAAGACAAAUGAGGCCAGACUUCUGUGCAUGAGCAGAAGUGGCUCUUCAGCAGCUAUUCCCACCUCAGGAUUGCCCAGACUGGCCAAGCAUCCUGUUGCAUAUACUCCUGCCACUGCUCAUAGAUCCUGUGUCAGGAAGUAGCAGAGAGGACUGUGUGGCUUCACUGCCACAGGGCACACGACCAUAGUGAUGAGCAGUUCAUGUGACGAACCAAGGCCAAGCCUUGGCAAAGCACUUAAGCUCUCAUGACUUGGAACCUACUGCUGGGGGCCCAGGCUGACAGGCCAGCACAUGACAGAAUCUGCUUGGUUUGCCCCUUGGUCUUGGGAUUCUUUCUUUGUGUUCUCCAUGUGUUUUCUAUAUUUUGCUAUAUAUUAUUUCUUUCAGAAAACAUCUUCCAGUUUUCAUGUGUCCAUGUUUCUGAGAUUAUGAGUGGUAAUGUGGGAAUUACACUAAUGGGGAUCCAGCAGGCCUAUGGUCUGCUUUUAGAGCUAGACUUUGACCCAGUUCACCUGUUGCUCCCUGAUUUUCUCAACUGUAAAAUGAAGAGAGUUGGACUAAAUGAUCUCUGAACUUUUAACCAGCCUAAUAAUUUCUUCAUCUUUAAUUUUACUUAUUUUCAUUGUUCUAUUCUUUAGUUGUUCCUUUAUUAUACUAAUCAUUAAUAUUAAUAUAUUGAGUGUUUACCAUAUACCAGGGACAGGAACAGUUUACAUUUUUAUUUUCACAGUAUCUUUAUGAUAUGGUACUUUUUUAAAGAAAAAAACCCCAGCUUUAUCAAGGUAUAACUUACAUAAAAUUCACCUGUUUUACAUGAUCGGUUUAAUGAUUUUUAAUUAAUUUACAGAGUUGUACAACCAUCAGUAAGUGUUGUGCUUAUUCUCACUCCAAUUUAAAAGGGGCAGAGGGGGGAUGUUAAGUAAUUUACCUGCGAUCACACAGCCAGUAAGUGCUAGAGCCAAGUCUCCAACCCUGGUCUGUGCUCUUAACCACUAUGCUGUACUGCAGAUGGAUUCGUCACUGCCUUAUUUGAAGUCCUUUGCACAUUUUGAUUACUAUUUACACAGAUUUGAAUAUAAUGAAAACCAUGUCCUAGGAAACAACUGGUCACAGCCCAAAUCCACAAAGUGGGUUUAUUCUGUACUCUACCGUAGGUAUCUCCCCUUGUUUAUAACUUUGACUUGAGGAAAGGGCUGUUCAAAUAAACAGUUGGUUACACAGUGUCCAUGUCCUUUCAGGUCCUGCCUCUUAACAGUCAAAAUCUAGAAGAGAGUUCUAGGACCUGCCUGGUCCUUUUGGGUGAUCAUAAGUGCAAUGUGCUCUCACAUUCUUUUCUUCAUUACUUGAGCUCAAACUGAAUUGCGCACAGACCACAUCUUUUAUGAUACCUGGAUGUCACCUGUCCUUUUAACUUCUAAUUCCUGUGUUCACAUAUUUUGUUUCCACAUUCACCUAUUCUCAGCCUUGAUAGAGAAUUCAGCACUAUUUCAAGGUCCUCUGGAAGAAUCUACUCACAUAUCCAUGAGCAAUAAGGACUUCACUGAAGAUGCUGUGUAAGAUGGAGAAGGGUUCACGGACAUUUUUCUAAACAUUUUGUUCUUAGAAAUCCCUUAUUAUCCACCAGCAGAUGGUGUAAUGGUUACGUCACUGGACUGCCACAUAGUC